AUGGUAGACGACGAAGUCGAGAACAAGGUCCACGAUGAUGGCGAGAUGCAGCUCGAUGGCGAGGUCAAUGACGAAGUCGAGGAUGAGGUCGAAGAUGAGGUCAAGAACGAGGUCGAGGAUGAUAUUAAGGAUGAUAUUCAGGACCAUGCCGAUGAUGAGGUCGAGGUCGAGGAUUAUAUCGAGGACCAGGUCGAUGGCGAGGUCGGGGACGAGGUUAAAGACAUGGUCGAGGAUGAGAACAAUAUCGAUGACGAGGGUGAGGUUACGGUCGAGGACGAGGUCCAGUACAAGGUUGAUGACGAGAUCGAGGACAUGGUCGAAACUGUGGUAGAGAACGUUGUCGAGGGCGAGGACGAGUUCGAUGAUGAAGUCGAGGAUGAUGUCGAGGACAAGGACGCGAUUGAUGGCGAGGUAGAGGACGUGGUCGUGGACGAGAUCGAGGAUGAUUUCGAGAACGAAGUCGAUGAGGGGGUCGAGAACGAGGACGAGGACAAGAUCGAAGACGCGGUCGAGGACGAAGACGAGGAUAGAAACAAUUAA